UUUAAUCAAUGUUGCAGUAAAAAAAUUACUUAUAGCUUUAUUUUCAAUGACAAUCGUCUAUUUACUUUAGUUUCCAUUUCUUUUUCAAAUUCUUAAUUUUCUUCUCUUGAAAUACGGAAAAAAACAGUUUAAAGUAAGGUUAGGUAUGACAUAUAUGAUCCAUAUGAUCAAAGUGAGGUUAUGUUACCUGAAUUUCAAAACAAAACAUCAAAAUGUUUAAAAUGGAUUAAAAAUUUGUUUCUCACAGUGAGAAAUUUGUAAAAAGUAAAAUAUCCCUCGCCUACUAUACGAAGAAAAUGUUAAUGUCAAAAUUUAUAUUUCGAACACUGUUGAAAACGAAUAAUUUGAAGUGUAAUCUUCGAAAAAUUGAGAAUUCAUUUCUCUUUCAUACGAGACGAAGAUUAUUUUCAACUGUUUCUGAAUCGGAAGAUCUUGUCUGCAAUGUAGGAACAAUAGGACACGUCGAUCAUGGGAAAACAACAUUAACUGCCGCAAUUACCAAGUAUUUAUCAGAAAUCAACAAGGAUUGUAAAUAUGUCUCUUAUGAUGAAAUUGACAAGGCACCGGAGGAGAAAGCACGAGGAAUUACAAUUAAUAUUGCCCACGUUGGCUAUUCGACGGAAAAAAGACGAUAUGCACAUACAGAUUGUCCGGGACAUGCGGAUUUUAUUAAAAAUAUGAUUAGCGGAGCAUCGCAAAUGGAUGGAGCGAUUCUUAUUGUCGCCGCUGACGAUGGACCAAUGCCACAAACAAAGGAACAUCUUCUGCUUGCUAAACAAAUUGGAAUCAAGUAUAUUGUUGUGUAUGUAAACAAGGCAGAUGUGUCAGACGAUGAAAUGAUGGACCUGGUGGAAAUAGAAGUUAGAGAAUUAUUAUCAAAUUACGGAUUCGAUAGUGAUAAUACUCCGUUUAUUCGAGGUUCUGCUUUGCUGGCCUUAAAAGGUGAUACUUCCGAAUAUGGAGUUCCGUCUGUAAAAAAUCUCCUAAAUGCCAUGGACGAUUAUCUUCCAAAUCCUACCCGAGAUUAUACGUCUCCAUUUGUUUUGCCUGUUGAUAAUUUCUUCAAUGUACCUGGUCGAGGAACCGUUGUCGUUGGAACAAUAAAACAGGGAAUAAUGCAAAAGAACAUGCAUUGUCAUUUACUUGGCUUCGAUGAAAAAAUUAAAACAUCAGUUGCUGACAUUCAGGUUUUUCAAAAAAGUAUCCCUAUGGCAAAAGCUGGAGAAAAUGUGGGCGUUUUGAUAAGAGGAGUAAAGCACAAUGCUGUUCGAAAAGGAAUGAUUCUUUGUCUAAUUAAUACCCUCACGAUUAGUAAUCAUUACGAAGCCCAAAUGUAUUUAAUGUCAACUCAAGAAGGUGGAAGAACGAAACCUAUUCCCGUGAAUGGAUUCUGCACACAAGUUUACUGUUCAACGUGGUCUAUUUAUGGAAGAUUCGAUCUCAUUCUUCCCGGAGGUUCACAAAUCCUAAUGCCUGGUGAACACGCAACGACGAGAAUAACAUUUCUCGAUAAAAUGCCAGUAAUGGUCGGUCAAAAUUUCACGGUCAGAGAGCAAAAAAGAACAAUAGCAACUGGACGAAUAACAAAAGUAAUGGACUCCCUUCACGUUGAUAAAAAGAAAAUAAAUCGAGUCAUAAUUCCUGGAGUAUGUGAAACUGCUCUUGACGAAAGAAAAAAAGAUGUAGCAUCCUAAAGGUAAAUAGCAACCAAUUUUGUUAUCAAUAUUUAAAAUCAACCCCCCCCCCCUUGAUUAUUAAAGGAAAUAUAAAAUCAAAUUUUUCAAACUAAGAAAAAUUGUUAUCUAUUUUAUAUUUAUUUUAUGCUCGAAUUCGUGCAUUGUUUUUGUGAAAUGAUUAUAGAUGCGAUAUUUAAAUACAAUUUACAUAUUUUUAAACUGAAAAAUAGAAAUAAUAAAAUAACAA